AUGUCGUUUUCAUAUGAGGUUUGAUUUUUGGCUGAAAACAAAAAACGAAAAUCAGAAAAAAUUUUCAGAUUUGUUUCACUGUUUUAUUAAUGUUCCAAUUACUUAUCAACUGUAAGAAGAAGAAGAAUGCAGAACCCAAAAGUGUAGGUUUUUUCCAGAGUUCAGUUCCGCGAGUUCCGAAUUUUCAGUCUGCUUCAAAAUCUGCUCCUGUUGCGCCGCCAGUGAAUCCGGUUUUGGAAGCCGCCCAAUUUCCAGAUGUGAAAAAGGAGGAUGAUAAAAAAACCGAUGGUACCCAAGAUACUGUAAGUUACUUGGAGCCGGAAAAUCUGGAAAUGAAAUCUGAAAUUUUCAGAUGAAUGAGGAAUAUGAUAAAAACGUCGAGAAAAAUUCGACGGUUGUAAAAUCAGUGCAUGUUUAA